CUAUUUUUUUUUCCACGUUUUUGUCCGAAAACCCCAGCCGGAGAGAAAACAAAGCGACUGAAAGGAAAAACAAUGCGAGUGGCCUGCCACUUCUUCUUCGCCGGAUUUCCUCCGCCGCCUCCGCCGUUAUCGCCUCUGUAUUUUUCUACAUCAGUUAGAAAUUAAGAAGCGUUGAUCUUUUCAUCUCUUCCGUUCUUUGUUCGUGUUGAUGGUUUUUUGGAAUAAAAUAAUGCGCUAUGGUUGCCAUCAUAACGUGUAUUAGUAGUGGCAGUGCUGCUGUAUUUGGUCACGACUACUUCCCUCUCUCUCUCCACAUCUAUGUAUAUAUAUGUCUCUCUCUCAAUGACAUUGCCAGUUGGAUGGCACGAUUUCGUUGAAUCCUUCAGAGGAAUUUGUUAGACGAAGAAGAAGCGUUCUCUGUUCAAACAUUGGAGGCGGAAGAUCUGAUUUUUUUUUUUUUUAGUUUCCCUUUCUCUGUCAAGGUAUUAAUCGUGGGUCUGAAGCUGUUUUUUUUCUCUUCUUUUCUAUAAGUUCGUGUUGGGAUCGUCUUGUGGUCGGAAUGUGAAAGGAUCGCAUUCUGUUCUUUUGUACUGUUUCUUGGUUAACGAAUGAGAGAAUAUGAGAAGGGAUUCUUGAGAUAUUCUUGGAUUUGAAAGUUUGGAAAGGAGCUGUUUUGGAUUUCGUAUAGAGCUUAAAAGGGAUCUUCCGGCUACAAGCCCGGGUGGAGUUAAACAAUGGCGUCUAAGCAAUUCAAUCAGAGCCGAUCCAAUCUAUCCACUAACUCUGAUGCUGCUGAAGCAGGGAGGCCACCUGUCCCUCCGACCGUGACAUUUGCCCGGAGGACUUCAUCCGGUCGAUAUGUGAGUUACUCGAGGGAUGACCUUGACAGUGAACUGGGCAGUGUUGAUUUCAUGAACUAUACGGUUCAUAUGCCACCAACCCCGGAUAACCAGCCCAUGGACCCAUCAAUCUCUCAGAAAGUUGAAGAGCAGUACGUUUCAAACUCCUUGUUCACGGGCGGGUUUAACAGUGCCACACGGGCUCAUCUUAUGGACAAGGUGAUUGAAUCAGAGGCAAGUCAUCCCCAGAUGGUUGGUUCUAAAAGAUCAUCUUGUUCGAUCCCUGGUUGUGAUGCAAAGGUUAUGAGUGACGAGAGGGGGCAAGAUAUUCUCCCCUGUGAAUGUGAUUUUAAAAUUUGCAGGGAUUGCUAUGUGGAUGCCAUCAAAACAGGUGGUGGGAUCUGCCCUGGCUGUAAGGAGCCUUACAGGAACACGGAUUUGAGCGACCUGGCUGCUGAUAGUGGCCGGCCUCCUCUUCCACUUCCUCUGCCUGCAGGCAUGUCGAAGAUGGAGAGAAGACUGUCUCUGAUGAAGUCAACUAAGUCAGCUUUGAUGAGGAGUCAAACCGGGGAUUUCGAUCACAACAGGUGGUUGUUUGAGACAAGUGGAACUUAUGGUUAUGGAAACGCUUUCUGGCCAAAGGACGGGAAUUUCGGGAGCGGUAAGGACGGCGAUGGGGAUUUCGUGGAGCCACAGGACCUGAUGAGCAAACCCUGGAGACCGCUUACUCGAAAGUUGAAAAUUCCUGCUGCUGUUAUUAGUCCAUACAGGCUCUUAAUUUUUAUCCGGAUUGUGGUUCUUGCACUGUUCUUGGCUUGGAGGAUCAAGCAUAAAAACAAUGAUGCGAUAUGGCUGUGGGGAAUGUCUGUGGUCUGCGAACUCUGGUUUGCGUUUUCUUGGCUUCUUGACCAGCUGCCUAAACUAUGCCCGGUUAAUCGUGCUACUGACCUUAAUGUCCUCAAGGAUAAGUUCGAAACACCUACACCCAGCAACCCGACCGGGAAAUCUGACCUCCCUGGAGUUGAUGUGUUUGUUUCUACUGCAGAUCCAGAGAAAGAACCUCCUCUGGUCACUGCUAAUACCAUCUUGUCUAUCCUAGCAGCUGAGUAUCCUGUUGAGAAGCUCUCAUGCUAUGUUUCUGAUGACGGAGGAGCGCUUCUUACGUUUGAAGCCAUGGCUGAGGCUGCAAGUUUUGCUAACAUGUGGGUCCCAUUCUGUCGUAAACACAGUAUUGAGCCAAGGAACCCUGAUUCCUACUUUAGCCUGAAAAGGGAUCCCUACAAGAACAAGGUCAAACCCGAUUUUGUGAAGGAUCGAAGACGGGUGAAGCGUGAGUAUGAUGAGUUCAAGGUUAGGAUUAACAGCCUGCCUGAUUCUAUUCGGCGUCGGUCUGAUGCUUAUCAUGCUCGUGAGGAAAUCAAGGCCAUGAAGAUGCAGAGGCAGAACCAAGAUGAUGAGCCUGUAGAGCCGGUGAAGAUUCCCAAAGCCACAUGGAUGGCUGAUGGUACCCAUUGGCCAGGAACUUGGUUGCAUCCUUCUGCUGACCAUUCCCGUAGUGACCAUGCCGGUAUCAUUCAGGUGAUGUUGAAGCCUCCGAGUGAUGAGCCAUUGCAUGGAACAUCUGAAGGGUUUCUUGAUCUGACAGAAGUGGAUAUUCGUCUCCCUCUCCUUGUUUACGUUUCCCGUGAGAAGCGUCCUGGUUAUGAUCAUAACAAGAAGGCAGGUGCCAUGAAUGCCCUGGUCCGAGCUUCUGCAAUCAUGUCCAAUGGACCAUUCAUACUCAAUCUUGACUGUGACCACUACAUCUACAACUCUCAGGCUCUGAGAGAAGGCAUGUGUUUCAUGAUGGAUCGAGGAGGUGACAGACUCUGUUACGUUCAGUUCCCACAACGGUUUGAAGGUAUUGACCCGUCAGAUCGAUAUGCUAAUCACAACACUGUCUUCUUCGACGUGAACAUGAGAGCUCUUGAUGGCCUUAUGGGUCCUGUUUACGUCGGAACUGGUUGUCUCUUCAGAAGGAUUGCACUGUAUGGUUUUGACCCACCUCGAUCCAAGGAACAUCAUCCUGGUUUCUGCAGUUGCUGCUGUCCUCGUCGCAAGAAGCGGACUCAUGUCCCCGAGGAAAAUCGAGCCCUGAGAAUGGGGGACUCGGAUGAUGAAGAGAUGAAUCUCUCUUUGAUCCCGAAGAAGUUCGGGAACUCGACCUUUCUCAUUGAUUCCAUCCCGGUUGCUGAGUUCCAAGGUCGUCCACUCGCAGAUCACCCGGCUGUCAAGAAUGGGCGCCCGCCCGGUGCCCUAACCAUUCCCCGUGAGCUUCUUGAUGCAUCGACGGUAGCAGAGGCCAUAGCCGUGAUCUCUUGUUGGUAUGAGGACAAAACUGAGUGGGGAACUCGUAUUGGUUGGAUUUACGGGUCUGUGACCGAAGAUGUGGUCACUGGGUACAGGAUGCACAACCGAGGUUGGAAAUCAGUUUACUGUGUAACAAAACGUGAUGCUUUCCGAGGCACUGCUCCGAUCAAUCUGACAGAUAGGCUUCAUCAAGUUCUCAGAUGGGCUACUGGUUCUGUCGAGAUUUUCUUCUCCAGGAACAACGCUUUUCUCGCCAGCCCGAGGAUGAAGAUACUUCAGAGGAUUGCUUACCUCAAUGUCGGGAUUUACCCUUUCACCUCCAUCUUCCUUAUCGUCUACUGCUUCCUCCCUGCACUUUCCCUCUUCUCUGGCCAGUUCAUUGUCCAAACCCUCAACGUGACAUUCCUCACCUAUCUUCUCAUCAUCUCCAUAACCCUCUGCUUGCUCGCCCUCCUUGAGAUCAAAUGGUCAGGAAUUUCGCUCGAAGAAUGGUGGAGGAACGAGCAGUUUUGGCUCAUUGGAGGGACAAGCGCUCACCUUGCUGCUGUUCUUCAGGGUCUGCUCAAAGUCAUUGCUGGAAUCGAAAUCUCAUUCACUCUCACGUCGAAAUCUGCAGGUGAUGAUAACGACGACGAGUUUGCGGAUCUCUACAUAGUGAAAUGGACGUCUCUCAUGAUCCCACCCAUCGUCAUCAUGAUGGUCAAUCUCAUCGCGAUUGCAGUCGGAUUCAGCAGGACGAUAUACAGUGUGAUUCCGCAGUGGAGCCGUCUUCUCGGGGGCGUGUUUUUCAGCUUCUGGGUAUUGGCUCAUCUCUAUCCAUUCGCCAAAGGGCUCAUGGGUCGGAGAGGAAGAACACCGACCAUUGUGUAUGUCUGGUCUGGUCUUGUCGCCAUCACCAUUUCUCUUCUCUGGGUGGCGAUCAAUCCUCCUGCAGGUUCCAACCAGAUCGGAGGAUCGUUCACUUUCCCAUGAUCGAUCGGUUCGGUUUCUGACUUCUCUUCACAUUCCUUGAAUCUGGAAUUUUCCAUCUGGAGUGGGGAACCAACUGAUGAUGGUUUCUCCGACAAGACGAAGUAGAGAUGAACCUAUGUUACGCUGCAUGAAGAAGAAACUAGUUCUCUCAUUGUAUUACUAUUACAACUCUGAGUCCUGUCCUGUCUUUGCAUGGGAUGUUUAAUGUUUUUGCCUUUUUCUUUUUUUUUUCUAUUUAAAUUUUGUAAUUCUUUUC